UUUUGUUUCCGGGUAUGCGCAGAGUCUACUGCGCGGUAAGUCCGUCCAGCAGCCGUCUCACCCACACUGUUGUCUUUACCUUUCUCCCUCGUUGUCUUUAGUAGUUGCAGCUGCAGGACCGCCACUUUUCAUCUUACAAUAUGGCCACCAGGAUUGCUGUGGUAACAGGUGGAAACAAGGGCAUCGGCCUGGCCAUAGUGAAGGCACUCUGCAAAGACUUUAAAGGAACUGUUUAUCUCACAGCUAGAGAUGCUGGCCGUGGUCAGGAAGCAGUGGAGUCUCUGUCCUCCGAGGGACUGAAGCCAAUGUUCCAACAAUUGGACAUCAACGACAUUAACAGCAUCACUGCUGCUGCCACCUACUUUAAAGACAAGUAUGGAGGCGUUGAUGUCCUGAUCAAUAAUGCCGGAAUAGCUUUCAAAGUGGCAGACACGGCUCCCUUUGCUGUCCAGGCAGAGGUGACUCUCAAGACAAACUUCUUUGCCACCAGAGACAUGCUGACUCACUUCCUGCCAAUCAUCAAAGCAGGAGGUCGUGUUGUGAACGUCUCAAGCUUCGUCAGUGUCCGCACUUUAAACCUUUGCAGCCCUGCGCUGCAGCAGCGUUUCCGCAGUGAGGACAUCACAGAGGACGAGCUUGUGCAGCUGAUGCAGCAGUUUGUGGACCUGACCAAGAAAAAUGAACACAAGCAGGGUGGCUGGCCUGAGAUGGCAUACGGAGUGUCAAAGACAGGCCUGACGACUCUGUCCAUGAUCCUGGCUCGCCAGCUUUCCAAGGAGAGACCAAAUGAUAAGAUCCUGUUGAACGCCUGCUGUCCAGGAUGGGUGCGCACUGACAUGGCUGGUCCAAAAGCACCAAAGUCUCCAGAAGAGGGCGCCAUUACUCCAGUCUACCUGGCCUUGUUGCCUCCUGGUGCCACAGAGCCUCAUGGAAAGUUUGUGUCAGACAAAGAGGUUCAAGUCUGGUGAAAUGGUUUCUUGAUGACACGUUGAGUCGAUUGUACAUGAAAUCCUUUGUUUCUCCAACAUCAUUUCUCAAAUACAUCGAUUAUGUGUAAGCAGAUCUCCAAACCAUCUUAGUUUGAAAUAUAUCCCCCAACCAGGGCAACCCUAGCAACAUCUUUAAUUCUGCAUGAUUUCUUCAGGCAUAAAAUCAAACAGUUGCUCACUGAUUGAAACCUUUAUCUUAUGUACUCCGUCACUCAUCUGUAUGGUUGGUCAACUCUGUACCUUCAUUGCUAUUACACCUCUGCUUAUCAUCCCUGUCUUAAACAGAACCAUUCGAUUUUUUCCUACUUACACAGUACAUCCUUUCCAUCGCUCCACUCUACUAUCAACUGUACCAACUGUAUCCCACUUUUUCUUUCUUCCCAGUGUUCAGACGAAACACUAAAUACAGUCCCCAGUCCUUACAUUUGUGGUACUUUUUCCAAAGGGUACUGCAGCUCAUCUUGACCUGCCACCUCUAAUUCCUGUAUGGAGACAACUUUGUUCAUAAUACUUGGAUGACACAUGGUACACAGUGUUUUCUAAAAAAAAAAAAAAAAAUUACUCAUUUGAAGAGAAAGUAAUUUAUCAUGGCAUUAGUAAUAAACUGGGAACUUUUUGAAAUGUGUUUCACUACUUGUCGAAAUCAAAUCAAAAUAAACAGAUAUUUUCAUAACA